AUGAUGGGAUGGCAUCGUUGUCACUUCUCCUCUUCCACCGCCUACCAAAGUGAAAUAACAGACAUCAAAUUCCUAUGUCUGAAUGGAACGGUUUUCGACCAGGAAACUAGAGUAUGUGAGAGACUAGACGAAGUGGACUGCUCCAAGACAGAGAGCUUCUUCGAUCUGAACCUCCAGCUCUAUGGAAAUAAGGCUGGUCCUUUCGGCAUCGAGCCAGAAAACGAAGAAAUAGUUGAAGAAGAAUGUGACCCUGAAGACGAAGAGGAAUGCCAAAGAACGGAUGACGGAGGAGUGAGAGAGGAAGAUGAGGAGGGAACCGGUGGAGGAGUACCAGGAGGAGAGAAAGUGCCAUUAAUCAACAAUAAUAAUGGGGGUGCAAUUCAGCAAACCACAUUUCCGCCAAUCAGUGUGGCCACCACAACAACUAAUAGACCCAACGUGUUUUCUUCAACUUCAACUGCACGGGUACCAACCUCCACGCUGCAGCCUUCUACCACUGAGCAACCAGCUUUCCAAUCGGGAGACCCCGACACAAUCGCAGCUCUGUUAGCACUCCACAAUGCUUUCGCACAAAGUCUGCAACAUCAUGACAUCAACAACAAGCAACAACAGGAGCAACAACAGGCUCAACAACAGGAGCAGAUAGAACAACAGCAACGAGACAUUGAGGAGCACCAACGCAAACAACAUUUGCAACAAAUCCAACAACAGAAACAACAGGAGCAGUUGCAACAUCAACAGGCUCAACUUCAACAACACCAGGCGCAGUUGGAUCAUCGACAGCAGAAGAUCACACAGCAGGCGGCAAAACAGGCGGCGAACGCCUAUGUUGCAGCGGUCGAAAGUCAGGCUCCACAUGCUGCUACAGCGAAACCGGUUCCACCACCUCCACAAGUUGCGCAGCAGAACUUGAGGUUGCAACAGGUUGCACAGCAAAACUUGAGGUCGCAACAAGCUGCGCAGCAACAGGUGUUGCAAGGCGUGUUGCAACAGCAGAAUUUGAGGCCACAACAACAGGUGUUACAACAGCAGAGCUUGAGGCCCCAACAAGUUCCACAACAACAGCAGAACUUGAGGUUGCAACAAGCUGCGCAACAAAACUUGAGGUCGCAACAAGCUGCGCAACAACAGGUGUUGCAAGGUGUGUUGCAACAAGGGUUGCAAGAGGUGAGGCAGCAACAGCCCACCCAUCGCUUCCCGGGACAAAUCCACUAUGACACAUCAAAACAACAAAACCCUGUCUUGCCUUCACAACAAGAACAGCAACAAAAACUGUUGCAGCAACAACAACAUCGGUUUCCUCAACAACAGGUCCACUAUGAGACCUCAACCUCCCCCCAACAGGAUUCACCACAACGUUUCCCCCACUUCAACUCUAAACCAGAAUCCAACCCAAGGUUCCCCGCUCAAAUCCACUUUGAAGCCACUAAGAGCCCUGUGAUUGGUGCGGAGAGGUUUGGAGGUGGAGCCUAUGUUGCUGAGGCAACUAAGAGUCCUGUGAUUGGAGCAGAGCGGUUUGGGGGCGGAGCUUAUGGUUCGGAAGUGACUAAGAGUCCUGUGAUUGGUGCAGAACGCUUUGGAGGCGGGGCUUAUCAGCAGAAUUUCGGGCAGCAGAGAGGUCAGAGCGGGGAAAGACCUAAGCCGUUCAGUUUCCAUCAGUAUGAUAAUCAGCCCAGUACUACGGCAUCGCCAUAUUUGCUGCAUCAGUUGAAGGUGAACCGCGUCAAACAAGAGCAACAACACAGCAACUUCCCGCGUCAGGCGUCACAGCGUAGCAUCACAACACCAGCAGUGGCUGUCGUCACCUCAACAAGCACCACCACUAGCAUCAGAUCAGGAGCAACUAAAAAAGGGCAACUACACACUGGCAACGACAACUUGGGGCCACUACACAUUGGCAACGAGGGGCCCUUACACACUCGCAGCGAGACUUUCCUCGGUAGCAGUGUGACGUCAUCUUCGUCAGAACUGUUGCCUGGAAACAAUGAGACUGCGCAUGCUCAGUCAGCAGAAUAUGAAGACUAUCAGGAGGGGGAUGUAGGGGCGGAUCCCUUCUUCCAGGAUGUGCCCAAGAUUGGGAGGAAUAGGCGUGAUGUGGAGGGUGUCGUAAGGGAUAGUAGGAUACAGGAAGGAGCAACUUUUGGUGGAAAAGUUGCUCGUGUGAAAGGGUCCGUGAGGGAUAGUGAGAAAGAAAAAGGAGCAACUUCUAGUGGAGGAGUUGCUGGUGUAAAGGGGUCUAUAAGGGAUAGUGAGAAAGAAAACGGAGCAACUUCUAGUGGAGGAGUUGCUGGUGUGAAGGGGUCUAUAAGGGAUAGUGAGACACAAAAUGGGGUGAUUUUUAGUGCGGGAGUUGCUGGUGUGAAGGGGUCUGUGAGGAAUAGUGCGAAUCAAAGUGGAGCAACUUUUGGUAGAGGUGUUGCUGGUGUGAGAGGAUUCGUGAGGAAUAGUGAGGAGCAAAAUGGGGCAACUCUUGGUAGAGGUGUUGCUAGUGUGAAAGAUAGCAAGAAUCAAACUAGAGAAUCUUUGACAGGAUAUGACGAUAAGAAGAAGGAGGAAUUUAAAACUUUGAACAAAAACAACAGAAAGAAUCUGAAAACUAAGGAUCAUAGUAGAAAAAAUACUAAAAUAAGUGAGACAAGUGGUAAAGUAGGCAUGAAAGAUAAUAAAAACUUAAAGAAAAAAUAUAGUAUUGAUGAUAGAAUUAUGUUAGCUGAUAGCAAAUCUUACAAUAAACAGGACAUAAAUGUGAAAAAUGUAGAUGAUAGUAAAUUUAUAGUUAAAAAUAGUGAAGAAACUCAACCUAGUGAUUCAGUGUUGAAUAGUAACCAUGAACAGAAAAUUGUUAGUUUAGUUAGUGAUAGUUUAGGUAGUGAAAAUAUUUAUACAACUAGAAAAAUAGUAAAACGGGAAGCUAGAUAUGUACAGCGUGACGAUGAUGAUAGAUAUGAAAGUGAAGAAGAGGAAGAAGAUGAUGAUAAUCGUGUGGGGAAGAGGAAGAAUACAAGUGGUAGAGGGAAAAAUGUGAGGAAAGUUAGUGAAAAUAGAAGAAAACCUGGUAAAAGUGGGGGUGGAUCUAAGAAGAAUGAUAAGAGUAAUAGAAAGGUUGAAACAGGAAGGAGGGAUAAAGAUAGAAGUCGGGAAUCACUGGAGACAGGAAGUGAGGAGGAGAGUGUAGAGAGAAGUAGAGAAGAAGUGGAAGAAAGUGAAGAAGAAGAAGAGGUGAAGAAGGUGGUGAAUAAAAAGGGUAACAAAGUUAGUAAACCUGUGAGAAAACCUAGCCCUCCUACAACAACCCCAAAACCUGUGAAAACUACAACAAAACCCCAGGAAACUACGAUGAAAAAGAUACCAUUAGAUAACAAUGAGUUCACAGAUAUCAUUGAUAAAGUGGAGGGAACUAUAUCAGCAAAAGUUGUGGACAUAGAACAGACUCAACCUCACAAGAACAAAGAUAACCUUCAGUUGUCACCUGAAGAACGUAAGUACUACACUGAAGUUUCAUCUGUUAUGAGCAAGUACAUCCCUCCAACAAUUGAGAGCGAGAUAUCAGGAGAGGGUGAAUCCACCCCUAAUAUGUCUGCCAGGGAUAAACAGAGGCUGAGCAUGUUUGUGACAUCGAAAGAAAAGAGAAAGAAGAAGAAAAAUGUGCCAACCUACGUGAUAAGGAACAAGAGACAGGUGGAGAAAGAGAAAAAACAGUACGAGGUUUCAGAAAUUGUGGAUGAGCCCACGACCGCUGAGCCAUCUGCUAGGAGGCUGAUCAAUCAGUACAGGACUAGCGGUGUCGUGCCUUCACAGCUGAUAUCGGAACUGAUACAGAGGAUGGAUCUGAGUUCCAGGGAGCAGGGAACUGUUCCAAAUCUGAGAGAACCAGGAACUGGUUCCAGGAGAGAACUUGGGGGACAAGUGAGCUCCAGGGAACAGGUAUCUGUUCCAAAUCUGAGGGAACAGGUUCCAGUAACUGGUUCUAGGAGACAAGGUAGAGUUAGAGCUUCAUCCCCUCGUAGAAAGGUUGAAAAAGUUGAGGUUUCGGAUGAUAUGGGGGAAAUAAGUGAUCCCAACACACAGAGUCUACGAGAUGUGAUAUCUAAUGGAGGACAUCAUAGGAUGGUUCUACAGAAAGGUUCCGGUAGGUUUAGAGGUCAAACUGAGGGUUCAAGGUCAAGUGAUCAAGGAAAAACUUUGUUGUCCGAUGGAAAUCCUCUUGAAGAAGUGGGCUCAAGUACUCUAGAAAGGUCAACAACUUUGUCAGAUAUUGGAGGUGUUGAUUCCAGAUCAAGUAGUCAAGGGAAAACAGCUGUGACUAAUAGAGCUGUACUCGAUGAGGAAAACUCACAUCAUAAUCCUGGAAAAAUAGAGUUGAAAUCCAAACCAGUUCCGUUGUCAUCUAGUGAAGAAAGUAUAGAAAAGGAUGACAGUGAUUCAAGCAUGGAUUACAGUCUAGAAAAGGAAGAAAGUAACCCUAGGACAGUCUCUCUCUUGAAAAAUGGAGAGAGAAGGCAAGAUUCUUAUGCAGUGAGUGAGGAGGAUGUUGGAGAUGAGAAACCAUCUACAAAUCUGCCUUUCCUGUAUCAGGAUCAGAUAGGCAGAGCUAAUACUGGAGAUGAAAGAUUCAGUGAUUAUGAUAGUGGGCUAGGUUUGGCAGUUUCUGUUGAUGGCGAGGUUCCUAGAGGAAAUCUGAAUGACAGAGUUAGCAAUUUCCAUAAAAAGUUGGUGAUUUUCACUGCUCCAAAUCCAGGAAGUGAUAUUGGAUCUAGUGAAAACUCAAAUAAGAGGAUCAGUAAUUCUGGUACAGGAUCACUCUCUACAGUAGCUGAUGAUGUACCUAGAGGAAAUUUGAACGACAGGAUCAGUAACUUCCAUAGAGGAUCAACAUCAUCAACUUCUAGAGAAAAUUUUGCAAUUGGGGACAAAUGGGAGACAUUAUGAACCCUCAAGAGCAACUAAUCCUACAAGAGUCAACCCAGAUGGGAAUUUAGAGUCAAAUAGAGUCAGAAACAGACCUACUGGUUCCCUCAGACAACCAACAAAUAUAGGAGAAACUGAUUCAGAGUCGGAACCCAGAGUGACUCCAGUCCCUAGAAGGAGACGUCCCACAUCCAGAGUAAAUUCUGAGGAACCAGUUGAAACCAGUUCUGAAUCUAGUAGAAGUACAGGAGUGAGGAGACGACGUCCUAUAUCUAGGAGUAGGGAAAAUUUGGAGGGAAAUAUUCCCCAACCUGCUACAAUAUCCAGAGGUAGGGGGAAUUUAGAAGAAAAAAUCCCUCAAACUGGUGGUGGAUUGAGCUCUAGGCAGCCUCAAAGACCCAGGAGUCGGGGAAAUUCGAAUUUGUCUGUUGGUAACACUGAAGGGAGAUCAGGUGGACGUACAUCUCAAGUAGAGGAUAGUUCUAGGCCAAUUCCAGGAGGUUCUAGAGCUAGGCCAUCCAUAGAGAAUUCUAGAUCAGCUCUAGACAGCUCUAGAUCGACUCCAGAUAGUUUUAGACCGAUUUCUCAAGCAUCUAGAUCACCUGCAGAGAAUUCUAGACCAAUUCUAGACAGUGCAAGAUCGACUUCUGAUAGUUUUAGACCGAUUCCUCAAGGGCCUAGAUUACCUUUAGCUAAUUCUAAACCAAUUCUGGACAGUGCAAGAUCGGCUCCAGAUAGUACUAGAACAAUACCAGAGAGCUCUAGAUUGAUACCAGACAACACUUGGAUUCCAGACAGUUCUAGAUCAGUUGUGGAGAGUUCUAGAUUGGUUCCACAAACUUCUAGUAAUCUGGAGGGUUCUAGAUCGAUCGCAGACAGUUCAAGAAAUCUGGAAGGUUCUAGGACUUUUCCAGAGAGUUCCAGAUCGAUCGCAGACAGUUCAAGAAAUCUGGAAGGUUCUAAGACGUUUCCAGAGAGUUCAAGAUCGAUCACAGACAGUUCUAGAAAUGUAGAAGGUUCUAGAACGUUUCCAGAGAGUUCUAGAACAGGUCCGGGGAGUCUUAAAUCAGUUACCAGUCGUAGAAAACCUUCAAAUAUCGGAUUAGAACAAGAAAACGUUGGCAAUUUUGAAGAAAAUGGAAAACCAGCUGCAAAUACUCAACAAAGUCCAAGAGGAAACAGACAGAGAUCGAGGUCUAGACAACCAUCUCUCUCUAUUCCCAAGGCAUCAACCACUGAAGCGACAAUCAGGAAGGGAGAGAGGAGAAAGAGAAGGGGGAAGAAGAGAAAGAAUCUUAUGACAGUCAGGCGAAAAAACUGCACAGUCAGCUGUUUCCUGGCGAGAACUUCUCAUGCGAGGGAAAAAUCAAAGGAGGAUUCUACGCUGACAUCGAGAGUGACUGCCGAGGAUUCUUUAUCUGCUCGCAGGGAGAAAUCAAUGGACCAUUGCUCAAAUCUCAUUUCUGGUGCGGAGAAGCGACCAAGUUCAACCAGAGAUCGCGGACUUGCCAGGCUGACUACUUAGUAGAAUGCUCAAUUUCCACCAGAUACUUCGGACUUAAUAACGACUUCGCUGUGCCAACUGAAGAAACAAACACGUUUGAACCACUAAAAGUUGCCUGAAAUCAACGAAUCGACUAGAACUAACUACGAAAAACUACGAAAUCCAUGAAGAACUUCAGUUUAGUACGCUACUAACUGUGAUCUUUGCAUCUUUAGAAUACUCUUUUCUUGUGAAAAUCUUAGGAAAUCUUUUGAAAUCUUGUCUUGAAGUCUUGAAUUUUAUAACAAUAACGCAUCUUACUUUCUCCUAUUAUUAUAUUAUAUCUCUGUCUCACAACAGAUGACUCCUGUUAUAAAAUACUCAUUCAAGCUCUAGCGAAAUUAAAUGAUGUAUUUUUACUUCUUUUUGCUCUUAGGUAAGAACUUAUUUCGGGUUCAUACCUUGAUGCUAAUUCUUUCGAAUUAUAUUUGAUAAUGGAUCGUAUUCAUGAACGAUUUUAAGAACUGUAUCAACUGAUCAAGCUUUGGUUUUCAGCAACCUUUUGAAUUAGAAUUGUUAAACUAUAGUGAGGUCCACGUUAUAAUGGCAGUGGAGAAAGAGAGGAGAUUCUCUGCCUUGUCACUGCCUUCGAUAUCUGAUACCGGUAAAUCUGAUGUAAUAUGAACUGUCUAUUCUUGUUCAAGGUAAUCAAUCAUAUUUCAUUCGUCAAGGAAAUAAAUUUAGUUUGUUUUUCGGUAAUUCUUCCAAAUUAUAUAUUUAAUAUGUUAAUAUUUCCUAUUUCAGUUAUGAAAAUGUGAAAUAUUUCUCCAUACUCAGUUUUAAAGCAUCUAAAUUUGAAAAUCUACUCUGUAAAAAUACUUGAGGACUGAAAAUCUUGUGAAUUGAAGAACUACAAGACUCAA